UUUCAAUAGCCGGACCCUUUAACUAUGACUCGAGUUUUGCUCACGGGUGGGAGCGGCUUCAUCGCGGCGCAUACUCUCGAUGUGCUGCUGAAACACGGGCAUUCAGUUGUCACCACUGUUCGCUCCGAAGCAAAAGCCCAGAAGAUCAAAGCCGCAUACCCAGACCAUGGCAAGGAUAAAUUGGAUUUCGCCAUUGUACCGGACAUCGCGCAGCCGAACGCAUUCGACAAAGCUGUAAUUUCUGACCCACCAUUUGAAGCAGUGCUGCAUACUGCGAGUCCCUUCCACUUCAACGUCACCAAUGUCCAGAAGGACCUACUCGACCCCGCUAUCAUUGGAACAACAGGAAUUCUGAAUUCAAUUAAGAAGAAUGCCCCUUCGGUCAAGCAUGUGGUCAUCACCUCGUCCUUCGCAAGUAUCGUCAAUCCUAGUAAAGGCUUCUGGCCUGGGCAUACAUACUCAGAGGCGGACUGGAAUCCGAUUACGCGUGAAGAGGCAGAGGAGAACGCAAUGAUGGGUUACCGUGCGAGCAAAACUUUUGCAGAGAAGGCUGCAUGGGACUUCUUAGAGAAGGAGAAGCCAAACUUCGCGGUUGCGACCAUCAACCCUCCUAUGGUAUUUGGGCCAAUUGUCCACAACCUCGAAAGCCUGGACAGCAUGAACACGUCCAAUCAGCGCUUGCUCUGGGCAGCUCAGGGGAAGUUCAAGGACGAGAUACCAGCCACCGGAGUGUAUCUCUGGGUCGAUGUACGAGAUGUAGCCGAAGCCCACGUUGCGGCUUUUGAGAAACCUGAAGCCGCCAAUAAGCGCUUUUUCACCGUAGCUGGGUACUUCUCCAACCGAGAUAUUUGCAAAAUCAUUAAGAGCAAGUUCCCCCAGUACAAGGACCUACCGAGCGAUUCGACGCCGGGCGGCGACUAUCCUGAGGGUGGUAUCCAGAAUGGACUCUAUGGGUUUAGUAACAAACGAUCAAUCGACGUUUUAGGGUUGAAGUAUAAGACCCUGGAAGAAUCGGUGAUCGACUCCAUCAAGUCAUUCCAGGCGGUAGGCUUGUAAAUU